AUGGCGGCGCGGCCGGGAUCAAAGCUGGGGAGCAGAGAGGAGACAGCGCGGAUCGCAGCGUUUUGCUCGGCUCUCCCUCCGCACCGCGGCGCUCCGCCCUCCCGCAUCUCGGUGCGGAGGGGCGCCGUGCGGGAGCGGCUCGACCCCUCCGUCCCCGCGGAGCCCCCCGUGCGUCGGGAGCGCGGCGCUGUGCGUGCGGAGCGCGUCGUGCAGCCGCGGUACGGCGGUGCCGAGCGCCUCCCGGGCGGACCUUCCCCCCGCACGGCCCGUCCGCCGCCCGCGGUUCCUUUGCUUCUAAAUCGGGAUCCGGCGCCGCAGGUGGGAAGGAACCUGCAGCUCCUCGGCGCUGGGAAGGAGGUCGCCGCAUCCUCGCGUUGCGGCGUGACGCAGCCGUGUGCGUUGUGUUCCCCUGUCGCGCAGCUCUGGGACCACUUGGACCACACCGUGUUCUUUCCCGACUUCAGACCCUUCCUGAGCAGCGGCUCCCUGGACCAGGACGGCAGAGACAACGAGCGGGGCCACCAGGCCCACGCCGAGCUCUGGGGGCCCAGCCGGCCGCCGCGGUUGCCCAUGGCACGCAGGUUCCGCUCCCGGGGCAGCUCCCGCCCCGACCGCUCGCCGGCCAUUGAGGGAAUCAUCCAGCAGAUCUUCGCGGGGUUCUUCGCCAACUCGGCCAUUCCCGGCUCACAGCACCCGUUCUCAUGGAGCGGGAUGCUGCAUUCCAACCCCGGGGAUUACGCGUGGGGACAGAGCGGCCUCGACGCCAUCGUCACGCAGCUCCUGGGACAGCUGGAGAACACGGGGCCGCCGCCGGCCGACAAAGAGAAGAUCUCCUCGCUGCCGACGGUGGCGGUGACUCAGGAUCAAGUCGACACGGGGUUGGAGUGCCCGGUGUGCAAGGAGGACUACGCGGUGGCCGAGCCGGUGCGGCAGCUUCCGUGCAACCACUUCUUCCACGGCGGCUGCAUCGUGCCCUGGCUGGAGCUGCACGACACGUGCCCGGUGUGCAGGAAGAGCCUGAGCGGCGAGGACUCGUCGCGGCACUCCCACGGCCCCGCGCCGGGCGGCGGCUCCGGCGGCGACAGCCAGAGCCGGGAGCGGUGGACGUUCUGACGCUCCGCCCGCCGCCGUCCGAUCCCCCGGCCGUCCGCCCGGCGGCCCCGGGCGCGUCGCGGCUCCGCGAGCGGCGCCUCCGCUCCGGAACACGGAACGUCCGGGCGCCGCGGGCGGCUCCGAACCCCGUGACGGGGCGGGCGGAGCGGCGCGGGGCGGGGGGAACCGCGGCCGCGUUCCGUGGGGCGGAGGGGACGGAGCGGCUCCGGGGGGCGCGGCGGGGCUGUGCGGGGCUGUGCGGGGCUGUGCGGCGGCUCCGGUCCCCGUUUCGUUCCCGCUCCGCGGCUCCGGCCGCGUCCCCGGCUCCGUCUGCGCUCUUUGGGUCCAUCCGCGUCCGAGGGUCUGUCUUGUCCCCGGGUCCGUCUGUCUCCGGGUCCAUCCGCGUCCCCGGGUCCGUCUGUGCUCUUUGGGUCCAUCCGCGUCCCCGGGUCCGUCCGCGUCCCCGGGUCCGUCUGCACCUUUUGGGUCCACCCGCGUCCCCGGCUCCGUCUGCGCCCUUUGGGUCCACCCACGUCCCCGGCUCCAUCCCCGGGUCUGUCCGUGGCCGUGGGUCUGUCCGCGCCCCCACGUCCGUCCCCGUCCCCGGCUCAGUCUGUGCCCCAGCUCCGUGCCCAUCCACGCCCCCCGUUCUGUCCGUGUCCCCCCCCCCACCCCCGCGGAGCACCGCAGCCCGCAGGCGCUGCGCACCCCGGACCGCCCCGCGGAGCUCAGGCGGCGCGGAGCCGCGGAGGAGCCGCUCGUCGCUCCGCUCUCUGUCCUUUUAUUUCGGCGCUUCCGUCGCUUCCCGACCCCAAAGGAAAGGAAGCCCCGUUUGUUUGUACGGCCCCGACGGGUCCACGCGCCGACGGUUUGCGAUGAUGUCCAAUAAAGGCCUUUCUAACGA